GAGAGCGGCCGCCGCGGCCCGGGCGACAGGCGCUGGCGGCCGGGGCUGCUCCUCGGCUGCCACCACCGCUGCGGCUUGGGGGUGCCGGCCGGCCCGGGUCGGCGGAGGAGGCGCCUCCUGAGCUCCGCCGAGGCGCGGCGCUGCCGAGGGCCGGCGGAGAGCCCGGGUCGUGCGGACGUCCUGACAGCCCCAGCGCGCAGAAUGCCCCACAAGAUUGGAUUCGUAGUUGUCAGCUCAUCUGGACACGAAGACGGCUUCAGUGCCCGGGAACUAAUGACCCAUGCGCCGACUGUCAGCGGGUGGAGGUCACCGAGAUUUUGCCAGUUUCCACAAGAAAUUGUUCUUCAAAUGGUGGAGAGAUGUCGGAUAAGAAAACUACAGUUGCUCGCUCACCAGUAUAUGAUUGCCAGUAAAAUCGAGUUCUACGUUAGUGAGAGCCUGCCUGAAUAUUUCGCACCAUAUCAAGCAGAGCGGUUUCGAAGGCUUGGCUACGUCUCUCUCUGUGACAAUGAAAAGACAGGUUGCAAAGCCCGGGAACUAAAAUCGGUUUAUGUGGAUGCAGUAGGACAGUUUCUUAAGCUGAUUUUUCACCAAAACCAUAUCAACAAGUACAAUGUGUAUAAUCAGGUUGCUUUGGUUGCAAUAAAUAUCAUUGGAGACCCUGCAGAUUUCAGUGAUGAAAGCAAUAUUACCUCUAGAGAGAAGCUGAUUGAUCAUUAUCUAGGGCACAACACAGAGGACCCAGCUCUCGAAGGAACUUGUUCUGGGAAGUCUGACUAUAUUUCCCCACUAGAUGACUUGGCCUUUGACAUGUACCAGGAUCCAGAAGUGGCACAGAUUAUCCGUAGGUUAGAUGAGAGGAAGCGCGAGGCGGCCCAGAGGGAGCGCUACGACGACGCCAAGACGCUCAAGCAGGCCAUUGCCGACCUGCAGAAGGUCGGGGAGCGGCUGGGCCGGUACGAGGUGGAGAAGCGCUGCGCCGUGGAGAAGGAAGACUACGACCUGGCCAAGGAGAAGAAGCAGCAGAUGGAGCGCUACCGCAGCCGGGUGUACGGGCAGCUGCGGCUGCACGAGCUGGUGGGCGCCGAGCUGAUACGGAGGCCUCUGGACUUGCCCCUCCAGCCCCUGGUCUGUUCCAGCAGCCCUUGCCACCAGCAGCCCGCACUCACACUGCCACAGCCAGAAGAAAGGGGGACAGAAAACCGGUUUGCAGACCCUUUCCUUCAGGAGAAGCCUUCAUCGCAUCCCCUGGACAUUUCUCCUCAGCAUUGUGCGGUGGACCGGUCACCCCCCGCCGCAGACCCUCCUCCCAAGACCCAUCUCGAGUCCCUGCCCUACGAUGAGCGGCCCCUUCCCGCGACCUGCAAGCAGCCUGGGGCAGUGGCCGCGGAGCCAGAGAGGAGGGACACGGACAGCGGCGAGCCUCCCAGGGUGGGCACUGCGGCUGAGCCUGAGCCUCUAACAGAGAAGGCCUUGCGCGAAGCCAGCUCCGCCGUGGACGUGCUGGGAGAGGCCUUGGUGGCCGGGGCCUAUUCCAAGACAUGGUCGCACCGGGAGGACGCGCUGCUCGCCCUGUAUAAACAGCUGAUGGAUGCACCGGCGGCAACCCCAAAGGAAGACCUGAAGAGCACGCUGAGGGCGGCCGUAUUCCUCAUCAGGAGAGCCAUCCGAGACAUCGUGACCCCAGUCUUUCAGGCAUCUUUGAAAUUGUUGAAAAUGAUAAUCACACAAUAUAUUCCUAAACAUAAACUGGGUAAGCUUGAAACAACUCACUGUGUGGAAAGGACCAUUCCCAUUCUGCUCACGAGAACUGGAGAUUCUUCUGCUCGCCUCCGUGUUAUAGCUUCCAAUUUUAUUCAGGAAAUGGCCUUGUUUAAGGAAGUGAAGUCUCUCCAGCUUAUCCCAUCUUACCUGGUCCAGCCAUUAAAAGCCAACUCCUCGGCUCACCUGGCCAUGAGCCAGAUGGCACUGCUGGCCCGCCUGCUGCAGGACCUGGGCACGGAGGGCAUGGGCUUCACCGUGGACAGCGUGAUGCAGUUCGCAGUGCGGGCCCUGGAGCACCGGGAGCAGAAGGUGCGCGAGGCGGCGGUGGGGCUGGUCCUGGGCCUGUACGCGCAGCACCGGGCGCGGGUCCUGGAGCGCCUCCCUCCCGAGGAGUGCGCCGCCCGCCGGAGCGUCCUCUACAGGACGCUUUUUGAGGGAUUUGCUACGAUAGACGGCCGACCUACAGAUGCUGAAGUUAGGGCACAGAAAAGAGCGGCUACAGAAGAAGCAGAAAAACAGAAGAAAGACGAGAUUAAAGCUUUACAAGGGCAGUUGGCGGCACUGAAGGAGAUGCAGGCUGACGUCCAGGAAAAAGAGAGUGAAACUGCAAAGGCCAAGAAUCAGGACACUCAAGGAAGGAAAGCGGCCCCACCUAAUGUUCCAGAAAUUCCAGAUAAUCACUAUUUAGAUAAUUUAUGCAUUUUUUGUGGGGAGAGGAGCGACUCCUUCACAGAAGAAGGCCUGGAUCUCCAUUACUGGAAGGACUGCCUUAUGCUGACGAGAUGUGACUACUGCAAACAGGUGGUGGAGAUUUGCAGCCUGACGGAGCACCUGCUGACGGAGUGUGACAAAAAGGACGGCUUUGGGGAGUGCUACCGCUGCAGCGAGGCCGUUUUAAAGGAAGAGCUGCCCAGACACAUAAAAACGAGAGAAUGCAACCCUGCCAAAGCGGAGAAGCUGGCGAACCGAUGUCCUCUGUGCCACGAGAACUUCCCCCCCGGAGAAGAGGCGUGGAAGGCCCACCUCAUGGGCCCCGCGGGCUGCACGGUGAACCUGCGCCGGACGCAUGUGCUGCGCAAGGCGCCCACGCUGCCGCCAGGUAAAGGCCCAGCCGCAACCAAAUCAGGGACCUCGGGAUCCAAGGUCGGAAGCAAGAUCCCCACCCCCAAGGGGGGCCUGAGUAAAAGCUCUGGCAGGACGUACACAAAGCGGUGACACAACCCCCCAUCUGCUCCCUCGUCUCCAAAGGGACCGAGCAGCUUCCCUAACCGUGGACGUGUCACCUCAAAGCAUCUCUAGACGUGGCAACCCCCGCUCCGCCCCUGCUGCCCCCAGGCUCCUGGCUGCGCCCGUCCUGACCGUGGCCCCUGCGUCCGGAGUGAGGCCCUGAUCUCCCCGUGGCUCCGGCUCGCAGGUCUCCGCCCUCCGGGGCCCGGGGUCCACAGAAGGGGAUGGUUCUGUUGGAGGAGCAGCACCGGCGGCCCGUGCGGAGGGACUGGCUGAGCGCAGCACCCUCUCUCCGCAGCUGCUUGGAGUGAUUUCCAUAAAGUCCUUGCUCUAAACCUCUUGCAUGUGGGUCUCUCUCAGCCGUGGUGGAAGGUCUGCAGGGCUCGCCAGGCCGGGGGAUGGGACGGGAUGGGGGGGCCAGUCACCCUGUGCCCCUCCUCCCCAGGGUAGGGUGGCCGUCAGCCUGCAAAGCCUGCACGUCCACGGCAGCAUGAAGUAAGGUCAAGGUCAAGAAGUUAAGGUCCCGGCCCGGCCCCGUCGGCUCUCACCUGCCAGAUGCUCGGAGCGCAGCCCACCUGACCGCCCCCAUCGGCGCCCACACCAGGCGGAGUGGAGGUUAAUGCUGGCGGCUCCACGUGAGGCCCUUCCUUGGGGGGCUUCAAGUUCUUUACACGCAUGAAGCCCUAGAAAAAUAUGAGACGACAUUCCCCAAUGAUCCUGCGCUCACCUGAGCAGGUAUGUCCGUCGAAAUAGCCCUUUCCUAAACCCCUGGGGCAGGCAGAGCAACUCCCACUCUGUGUAACGUUCAGAGGAGCCUCCGAGCCUCUGCUCAGCCCGUCGUCCUGUCCCGCUCGGAUCCUCAUGGGAAUUGCAACUGUAUGUUCACUUUUCUCAAACACUUUGUAUGAUACUUUCAACACCAAAAACCACUUAAAAUGAUGAAACCAAACCUCAGAAUCCAGUCUCCUGACCAGCCCCCAACCAACCCUCCCGGCCCGUGGCAGUGGCUCACCUGGCUUCAGAGCCCGGUGGCUGUAGGGGAAGCCAGUGUCCGUCCAGAACGUGCUUGGAAAGGCCGCCUUCUCGUCCACGCCUGUGGUCCCCGGGUGCCCAGCCCACUAGGGGCCAAAAGAAGAUGUCCCUCCCCGCCCCAUCCGGCCCCAUGCCCAGGGUGUGCUUUCCUCCUGAGCAUGAUACAGGCAGGCUUCCAGGAUGACGCCUAGAAAUGCAUGGGAUUGAUGAAAUUUGUACUACACCGUUAGUGUAAGAAUAUUUUUAAUUCCCAACCAUGUAAAAUAACAAAAUAUAUAUUUAAAAACUAAUAGCUAUUUGAGCAAUGUGCUCCCUGGGUAUGUUAGUGACCGUGAAUUUGUACUAGUCGAUCAAUUUCCAUUUUUGGUAGGCUAAUGCUUUCUCAUAUGGUUGACUCAAAAUACUGAGCCGGAAUAAGAGUGACCAAGAGAAUUACCUUCAAAAAUAUACUCUAUAAAAAAUGUAAAAGUAUGGGGGGAGAAAUAACAUAAAACUUUACUAGAGAGAGCAGAGUACAGAUGCCAAGAUAAUUAUAAAAUGAUCCUUCCUGGUUUCAAAAAGGUGUUGCCAUGGUCUCUUACCCAUUGCUGAAGUACAGAUAAAACACUUCUUUAAACAGAACAAUGAGAAAAGUUAACCAAGAAAUUAUUCUUUUCUCUCCAAUCAAAACUUUUAAGAAAUAUACAGUUAAUGUUUUCUAUGUAUUGUAACAUAAAGAAGAUAUUUGUAAAAUUACUUAAUUUUUAGUGAUUGACAAACAAAACUGAGUGUAUUUAAAACAGAUCAGCCUUGCUGGUUACAGAAGAAUCAUGUGUUUCUGUUCAGAUGAUUCCUGGCAGUGAUCAGUGGCUAUUAAAAUCUUUACAGAGUUAUAUACUACUGAGGAACCAAGAAUAAAGGACAAAAAACUAAAAAGGAACUAUAAGCUCCCUUGGCCAAUCAUAAAUAUCUAAACUUGGAACAGUAAUUAAUUGAAAUUUCACUCAUGAAUAUGUUGUGGAUACUUAACAAUAUUUAUUUCUAUUAUUUUCAUAUUUCAAAAUAUUCUAAUUUAAAAGAAUUGUAUCUAUAAAUUUGGCAUUAGAGUACAAGUGUAAAUACUUUUAAUGAAAAUUUGCAACUUUUUAAUGUUUUGACAUAGUUUUCUAUUUGUCUUUAUUUCAGGUACCAAAAUUAUAAAAUAUCUAAGUAAUAUAUUUUUGUUG